AUGUCAGCCACCAGCUCUAAAAGACGUCGCACUAGCUCUCAACAUGCUGCUCCCGACAAAGUCAGCAUCUCACAAAGUUCAACACAGACCGAUACCUCUCAGCAAGCAACAGCCGCCACAGCAGGCGCCCCUCGCACAUCUGAACUCAUCAAUGCUCUCAUUUCAGGCACCUCCGACAGCGCGAAAGAACAACCCAUGUGGGAUGCCUUGAUGUCUUCAAACCUGGACGACAUCUUGGAAUCAAUCACAAUGCCAGACUCUGCCCGUCCACACCGGGGAAACGUCUGGUCGGGCGUUACUCAUAGGUUUGAUGUAGAGGGAGGUAAUGGCAAUACGGCGAGAGACGAACAGCUCCCCCCACCUCCCCCGUGGGUGAAUCCUGCGGACGAAAACCUUUCUCUCGACGAGUUGGGGCAAAGAUUCGGACUCUCGCCUUCCCCUUCCCUCCAAUGGCUUGACAUGGAUAACGACGACGACAUGGCCGAAUUCCGUCGCCAGCUCGUAAACUCGAAUAUGGGCGCUGAUAAUCGGGGUAACGGCGCAUUCGAUCUCGGAAAUGGGCAAGACUUUGACUUUGAUUUGAGCGGCACGGGCUUCGAUAACACCCAGCCGUCUUGUGGAGGAGCAAAUGCGUUUCAGCUCUCUGAAGAACAGAUCUCUCACGCGCACGAUAUCGCAGACGACGAGCAAGGCUUGCGAAGGAUCAGGUCUUUGGAGAGAUUGGGAGUCCCGUCGGCCAUGGAUUUGGAUUCGGCUUUGGUAUACGAAAGGGGUUUUUUUCAGGGAAGAGGCGGAGCAGCAAGGAUACAAUAG